AUGCUUGUAUUCACUCUGGGCUGCUGGCAGAGUGCCCAAGCCUUUACUGCUGGCACAAGCCCUCCAGGAGGCCCGGAAACUCAGCUCCCUUCUGACGUAUCAAACGUGAAAAACGGGCCUGAGUUCGUUGCUGCAUUUGCGAACCCGUCCGUCCGGUAUCUCCGCAUUUCUUCCCCGGAAGUUAACGUUCUCUUCUCUGACUGGGGUUCCGGCGAUUUCAAGCCUCCACUCGUCCUGAAGCGCGACAUUGUUAUAGAGGGCAACCCGGAGAUGCCAUACUGGCCAACGAUCAACCUCAGAGACGCGCCGGGAGUGGUUCGAAUGGCUCAUAACGUCACCAUGACUGUACGGCAUGUCUUUGCAUCGGGUUUUCGCGACAACCCAACCCGCGCACCAGGCCUAGACUUCCUGUUACCUACCCUUCAAGGAGAAAUCGCCUACUUGCUGGUUGGGCCGGCAGCAGGCAACAUCAGCUUGUGCUUCCCAAAUGACUUUCAAAUACUCGAUUUUGGACUUCUGGAGCAGAUGGGGCGCCCAAGCAUGUUCCCGGGUAGAAAUGAGAUUCGGUAUAAUGAAUCGCAGUGCUGGCCCCAGAAAACAAGGGUUGUAGACCUUGCUGCCGAGGGCGCCGACUACGACAUCACAAGGGAUAUGAACACUCCCAACGGUUUGAUGAUCCAUCUGAUGAAUCUUACUCUUUUCUGUGAUGCGGUGGUGGACCCCAAAUGUCUGAAGAAAGGAGAGCCCCUCGUUUGCUACUUGGAAGCGCGGAAAAAAUACUUGGCACUCCGCACGUUGCUACUUGUGGUUGCGGGGCUGCUGGCAGUAGCAGGGUGGCGACGGUGCAGACAGCAACGACGGGGCAAAGUAUAUGAAGACAGCGAUGGUGAGGGCGCUCGUUGCGGCGCAAUCCCUUGCCGUGGUGAUGAUGACACGAAGAAUGUGGAGCCCCAGAAAGCAGCAGCUCCGGUCAUAAAAAGGGAUGAACAGACUGGUGUCACCUUCGGCGAGGACCACGAACUGCACGCUGUUCGGCAUGAGCAGAAGCUAUCAGCCCCAGCUGCCGCUGGCCUUAACGCAGGGAAGGGCGCCGAUCUCCCAGCUCGAGAAAAGUCUUUGGACGGCGGCGGCACCCCCAAAGAUGCCCCUGGCAAGAAGGAGCCCUCGCAGCUCCUGGCGGCGGUGGCAGAUGAUGAAGCAACGGAGGAGUUGAAGACCAUAGCGCCCAAGAACGGUGAUGCUGUUGAGGACGGCAGUAGCGGCACGGAGCCCCCAACUGUGGAGCUACUGCCGGUUGUACUCGGCAAAGGCGGUUUCGGUCGUGUGGUGGAGGGGCUGUACGGUGGUCGCCGCGUGGCGGUCAAACUUCUCGCCAGUGAUGUGCCUUUCGAAGUAUUGCAGCAGCAAAAAGCGGACAGCAUGCCAAAUAACUUCCUCAAAAGCUUCGAGCAGGAGAUGCAGGCAUGUAUAGCUGCAUAG